CAGUGACAAUUUGGAGGGUGAAGGAGCGAGUGCUGGUAUCAGCAGGAUAUCGGUCAGAGGUCUGCGCCCUCUACAACCUACAUCAGAAUACCACAGCCAAGCCACGUGGGAGUCUGGCGUAGCCUCGAUGAUGCAGAACAAGGUCUAUGACAUCUGUGAUGAAGGUCACAGCGGUGUGAACCAGCUGGGCGGUGUGUUUGUUAAUGGUAGACCGCUACCGGACACCACCAGGCAGAAAAUCGUCGAACUUGCUCAUAGUGGCGCGCGGCCGUGCGACAUCUCCAGGAUUCUGCAGACCCAUGAUGACUCAAAAGUCCAAGUGCUGGAAAAUGAAAACGUGUCCAACGGGUGCGUGAGUAAGAUCCUUGGCAGAUACUAUGAGACUGGCUCCAUAAGACCGAGAGCGAUCGGAGGCAGCAAGCCGAGGGUAGCCACUCCAGAGGUGGUGGGGAAGAUAGCGCAGUACAAGCGGGAGUGCCCGUCUAUUUUCGCCUGGGAGAUCCGCGACAGACUGUUGUCGGAGGGGGUCUGCACCAACGACAAUAUACCCAGUGUAAGUGUCUCGAUAAACAGAGUCCUCCGCAACCUGGCUAGCGAGAAGCAACAGAUGGGCGCAGAUGGCAUGUAUGACAAGCUGAGAAUGCUCAACGGUCAGACAGGAACUUGGGGGACACGGCCCGGCUGGUACCCCGGAACUUCAGUGCCAGGGCAGCCCAACCAAGAUGGCUGCCAGCCACAGGACGGUGCUGGAGAGAACACAAACUCCAUCAGUUCGAAUGGGGAGGAUUCCGACGAGACGCAGAUGCGACUCCAGCUAAAGAGAAAACUCCAGAGGAACCGCACGUCGUUCACACAAGAGCAGAUUGAAGCACUGGAAAAAGAAUUUGAAAGGACUCAUUAUCCUGACGUUUUCGCGAGGGAAAGACUGGCAGCUAAAAUAGAUCUGCCUGAAGCAAGAAUACAGGUSUGGUUCUCAAACAGAAGAGCGAAGUGGAGGCGGGAGGAGAAGCUCCGGAACCAGCGUCGUCAGGCCAGCAACUCCUCCAGUCACAUCCCCAUCAGCAGCAGCUUCAGCACCAGCGUCUAUCAGCCCAUGCCUCAGCCCACCACACCGG